AUGCCAUCCGCUCUCUGCUACCCCCAAUCACGCUACUCCAUGUCCCAGGAGGAGCUGAACCUGUCACUUUUAUCUGUCUCUGCAGGGAGGCAUGAGAGCCAGGAGCCUUUCCUGGCCUGGCUGCUGCUGCUCAGCAACAUGUCAUCGCUGCCCUGGGUGCACUCCGUGAGCUAUGGGGAUGAUGAGGACAGCCUGUCACUAGCCUACCUGCAGCGCGUGAAUGUGGAGUUCAUGAAGGCAGCUGCUCGGGGCCUGACUAUACUCUUUGCAUCAGGUGAUGAUGGUGCUGGCUGCAGAAGGGUGUCCAGUGGGAACCACACUUUCCGGCCCAGCUUUCCAGCCUCAAGCCCCUAUGUGACCACUGUAGGGGGCACGUCCUUCAAGAAUCCCUUCCUGGUGACUGCAGAAGUGACAGACUACAUUAGUGGAGGGGGCUUCAGCAAUGUUUUCCCCAUGCCUGAUUACCAGGCUGCUGCAGUGAAGCGUUUCCUGCACUCAGCCUCAAAGCUGCCUCCCAGUUCCUACUACAACAGCAGUGGCCGUGCCUACCCUGACCUGUCUGCUCUCUCCGACAACUACUGGGUGGUGAUAAACCGCAUCCCGCUGCCCUGGGUGUCAGGCACGUCGGCAUCCACACCAGUGGUGGGCGGCAUGGUGGCACUCAUAAAUGACCGGCGCCUGCAGCAAGGGCUCUCACCACUGGGCUUCCUGAAUCCUGUGCUCUACCAGCUGCAGGAGAAGGGGCACAAUGAUGCAUUUUAUGAUGUGAGUUAGGCAGAGGGUCAGGGCUC